GUUCCGAUUGAGGCAGACAUCGCGCGACACCGCCAGUGGCUCCGACUCUUGCUCCGUCGCCGCUUGCGUGCCCAUGGAUGAAGCACCCCAACGGCUGUCUGUAGCUGGAACGCCAGCGGUUGGGAUGGUGCCAAAUUGGUCGGAGCACCCUGUCAACGAGAACUUCUACGGCAAAGCUGUCGCUCCCACUGCAACGGACUCUCCAUACGACGCGGUCUUUUCCCCCAUGUCCAAGCACAAAGGUAUGUAUGGCGCGCGCGACGUGUACACGACGGAAAUAGACCGACUUCGAUCGACAAACAACAACGACCAACACGAAGUCGACACGUUGAAGACUCGAGCGUCGACAGGAUUCAAGAAGGCUGUCGUGGAACGACCGGCCGGUCCCCCUGUACACACCCUGCGGGAACUCACACAAGAUUGUCAUGGCGGCGCCAACCCGCAAGGAGGCAUGACGCCUCCAAGCAUGCACCUUACGAUUCUUCGGCGCAAGUUGGAAUCGUAUAUGGAUGAAAUCGACGCUACGAUGGAACACAAGGUGCACCAUUUCGGCGCGGUGAUGGCAGCGGCCGCCGCAAUGGACGAACGAAUGAACCAGUCGAAACCCGAGCCCGAAUCGUUGCCAGAGUUUGUAGACUUGUUUCUCAAGUCGUUGACAGCCGAUGCCACAAAGCGGCACGCGGACGGGCUCCCGCGUCUGUACGGCAUGGUGGCUCGAGCCGCGCAUCAUAGGUGUAUGAACCAACUGCACCGUCACCGGCGGUAUCUCGAGAGCUUGCACCACAUCUUGACCGGCGCCCAGGUGACGGACGUGGGUCUGACUUCAAAGGAAGUGGCGUCCGUGACCAGUGUCGACGACGUGCUCGUGUUUGACGUGAAGCUACACUAUUUGUCUCGCCAACGGGACUGGCUUCUGCAACUGCAACUCGCGCGCGAGCAGGCCAUGGCGCACGCCCCCUCUCCAUCCUCCAACAACCAUUUGCACAGUGCGGCGCCUCGCUCCCUGUCCAAGCAUGCACACAUGAAGAAGCUUCUGGAAGUUGCGGGUUGGUACCGUUGGUUGCAGCAGCAUGCCGACGAAGACAACAACGACGCGGUCGGCGACGACGUCGACGAACGGCAUGAGCACUUGGCUGAGGUGUUGUCGGAUGACGCUAUCUUGUCCGUGCAUGUCGACUUGAUGGCGACGGACGAGUGGCGGUCGGUCAUUCAAGCCCAAUUUGAAAACCUCGUGUUUGGCCAUCUCGAGCGCCGCAUCAGCCAGCGCGUGGACAAGGGCUGCUUUGACGCGGCCGCCCUCUACUGCGAAUCCUUCGACCCGUCGUCGAACCAAACGUCGGGCAAGCGCAGCAAAGCAUCCGACUACUUGAAUGUUCAUCCCGACUGGACCUGGCUGCGUGACCCGCAACCGAAACACGUGAUGGCAUUCGUCACACGCAUGACGCGGCACAUCCGCCGCACAUUUGCUAUCUCGGACGACAUGCACAAGAGCCUCUACGUCUUCAUUCAGCGCAUGCUGUUUCCUCGCAUGACCAUGCUAUGCUUCAAUGGCGCCGUCUUGACUGAAUGCGCGCGCAAAGAUGCCCUGUGGCGAAGUCAGCAGAUCGCCCUGCGGAGGCAGCAUCAUGGCAAAGGCGUGUCGCUCGAGCAGCUCGGGGUAUCUGCCCGCACAGCUGAGAAUCUGCGGCGUGCGUGGCCAACGUGGACGACGAUGUUUCCCAAAGCACGAAUCGCGUUUGCUGCGAUGCAAAGCAUCGUGCCGUGCGACUUGUUGGACGAGAUGAUGCACGGGGUAGUAGUGCUUCACCAAGAAGCGGCGCAGAUAUUCGGGACGACCCGUAUCCCCGUCGAUACCUUCUUCCCCCUCUUCAGCUACGUCCUGCUCCACACGGACCUCCCGUUUGUCCACGCGCAGUUGCACCUCCUCGAGCAGUACGCGCUGUGCAAUCCCCCUGGCGACUUGAACCCGACGCGCAGCGGCGAAGAAUCGUACUAUGUCUAUUGCAUGCAUGCCGCCGUUGAGCACAUCUGCAGCCAAGUCGUCGCGCCCUUAGAGUAACUUAUAUGCGCAUCGCGCGCAAAUUGUCGGUGUCUCCUGUUGAUGAAACGAGGUCGUUGUAAUAUAAAUGGUGAUUCUAUUCCUCGA